AAUUUAAGCAAAAAUUAGUAUAAAGACAGAGAUCGUCGAGAUCGGGUCCAAGACCUUUUUUGGUUAGGGUUACCAUUUUCGGGUUCAAUCGCUCAGAGAUUCUCUCAGUCUCGGCUCUCUUUCUCUCUCACUCAGAAACGCACCUCUCGAUUCGUUUUGAGGGGAACUUAUUGGUGUUUGUGUAUUACAUUUACAUACUGGAAGGAAUCGCCAAGAGAUACUUUGCUUACUUGUGUGAGCUUCCGUGGUGUGUGUGUGUGGUGCAUCGGGUAUUGCUGACAUUUGAAGAGAGGUUUCCGCUGGUCUAGACGCGUUGGUGGGCGUUUCAGCGAGGCCCAAUGCCGGAGGAGGACCUGGUAGAGCUCAAAUUUCGAUUGUAUGAUGGAUCCGAUAUCGGACCCUUCAGGUACUCGCCUGCAUCUACGGUGGCCAUGCUCAAGGAGAGAAUUGUCUUUGAGUGGCCUAAAGAUAAAAAAUUUGCACCUAAAGCUGCAAAUGACAUCAAGCUGAUAAAUGCUGGGAAAAUUUUAGAAAACAACAAGACUGUUGGCCAGUGUAGAGUACCUUUUGGCGAACUUCCAAAGAGUGUCAUCACCAUGCAUGUUGUUGUGCAGCCGUCUUUACCAAAAGCAAAAACAGAGAAGAAGGUGGAUGAGGCCCCAAAGAAGAAUCUAUGUUCAUGUACCAUUAUGUAAGAGAGUGACCUUGAUUUGUUUAGCAUGCAAAAUUACUGCUGGAGCUGGGGGAACAAUGUAAAACAGUUCCAUCUCUCACCGAGAUCUGGUUUGUGGAGGGUUCAGUGUAUGUGUUCAUUAUGUAUUUGCAUUCCAUAAAAUUGGUUGUUGGUUGUAUUUUUGUAGCUAAAAAAACGUAUGAAUAAUUUUCAUAAACCAAACUUAUGAAUUCAAUAUUCUCCUAGGAUUUGUGCAUUAGCAUC